CGACAGGCAAGGUGUACGUGACUUUAUACACGUAUGUAGUGUUUUUGGGGCAUUUGUAGGACGAGAAGACGAGAGAUUGGACCAAUGGGAGUCAGCGGUCUCCAGUUGACCCUUGCCCUGAUCAAACCUGACGUCCACGCCCACCCCGGACUGUACCAACACAUCGUGGGGACCGUCCUGAAGAACCGACUUCUGUUUGUGAGAAGCAGGGUUCUGAGAUGGUCCCGGCAGGACAGCGCAAGUUUCUAUGGUGAACAUGAAGGCAGGUUCUUCUAUAAUCGACUGGUGGGAUUCAUGGCAAGUGGACAGAUGAGCGCACACAUUCUGGCAGGCGAAGACGCCAUUUCCCGAUGGCGACAGUUGAUGGGACCAACCAAAACCUUCCGCUCACAGUUCACACACCGUGAGUCCAUACGGGGACAGUUCGGACUAACCGACACCAGAAACUGCACACACGGUGCAGACUCUGAGAAAGCGGCUCUACGCGAGAUGCAAAUCUUCUUCCCCGAGUUUGACGCCAAGACGUGGUGGAAGGAACAGUCCGAGUUCUUCAAGGAGGGGAGGGUCCAUUUUGAUGAGGGGAGGGUGGAGCAUGUACCAGUGGGGAAAGUUCAUUCUGAUGAGGGGAGGGUGGAAAACACACCGGUGGAUAGAAUUAGUUGAUGAACACUUGGGAUUACACUGUGGUGUAGCUUGGUGGUAUAUAUACGUACUCAAAAGUGUGAACUAUUCAACAUUUACUGGUUCUUGGCAGGGGUCUAUAGCCUGAGAUGAUGUAGGACUCGGGAGCUAUAAUAGGUUUGGUAACCAGGCUAAGGGCUCUAGCCAGCACCCAUUUUUCGGUCAAUUGCAGGAACUUUGUGAUACAU